UGGUCGCUCUAAGCGCAACCGAACCCUCCGGAUUGGUCGACGUACUCCCCCUUUCCGUUCAAGGCCCGCCUCCUGCCUCCCUCGGCCUUGGAAGUUUAUUCAAGCCAUGUUAAAAGCCCAGAAGAUGGAAUGAUUAGAAGCCAGAAGGCUUCACAGAAGAAGUGACACUGAGCUGCUUCUGAAAGCAUGAGUAGGAAGCAUGUAUGGGGAAGGAGAGAGAAAUUCUAGAGAACAGCUGGCUCAAGCCAAGCAAUUGAAAAGUCCUCAGAUAGACCAUGGCCCUCAGAGCGUGUGGCUUGAUCAUUUUCCGAAGACGCCUCAUUCCCAAGGUGGACAACCCUGCGAUUGAGUUUCUACUGCUGCAGGCAUCAGAUGGCAUUCAUCACUGGACUCCUCCCAAAGGCCAUGUGGAAUCAGGAGAAAAUGACUUAGAAGCAGCCUUGCGGGAGACUCAGGAGGAAGCAGGCAUAGAAGCAGACCAGCUGACCAUUAUUGAGGGGUUCAGGAGGGAGCUCAAUUAUGUGGCCAGAGAGAAGCCUAAAACAGUCAUCUACUGGCUGGCGGAGGUAAAGGACUGCAAUGUGGAGAUCCGCCUCUCCCAUGAGCACCAAGCCUACCGCUGGCUGGGGCUGGAUGAGGCCUGCCAGUUGGCUCAAUUCAAAGAGAUGAAGGCAGCGCUCCAAGAAGGACACCAGUUUCUCUGCUCCACAGCCUCAUGAGCUGACCAGAGCACAGUCACUUACCUCUGUAGGAUCCCUGAGGGCCUUUCAAGAUGAACCAUUGUCAACUCCGGGGAAGGAUUGUGUUGGUCUUUGGCUCAUCAUAGCAAAGAGCAGAUAGGUUAGUAAAAUCAGCUGAGGACUCUCAGAGGAACGCAAACAAAAAUCUCAGCUGGGUGGAAAGGAAGGCAAACGAGGAGUUAAAAAGUCUAGGUGUAAUAAGUACAUCCUUGUAAUUUACAAAUAAACUUCAGGGAGCUUAUCUGCCCAUCUAA